GUCCUUGUCUCAGCGUUCCGGGCUCGAAAGCCGCGGCGGCCCAGGCGAGCGGCGGCCGGGACGCUGCCGGGCGGGCAUGGGUUGGAAUCGGAGCCUGAACUCCGACCCGACUACAACCAGCAUCAUGCAGUUACUAACUGCUCUUCAUUCACCUAUUGAUGCCUCCCAGAAAAAAACGCCGCCAGAGUUCCCAGAAAGGCCAGCUGCUAUUCCAAGAACCACCACUGGAGGGCCCCAAACACCACUAUGGCUCUCCCCAGCUUACCAUCACCCACACUAGACAGGUGCCCAGCAAGCCCAUUGACCAUAACACCGUCACUUCCUGGGUAUCACCUCAGUUUGAUAUGACAGCAGAAGGCUGGUUCCCAGUGAACCAGAAGCGUCAUCGUCGAAACCAGGCAAGACAUUCAAGUCGAAAAUCCACCACCUCCAAGUUCCCACAUCUAACAUUUGAGAGUCCGCUGUCUUCCUCCGGUUCAGCUGCACUUGGAAUGCCCUUGACCAGGGAAUGUCCUGGUCAGUCAGAAAAGCGCAUUUCUGGAAGGUCCUUAGUUCCAAUGCUCAGUCCUCAAAACUGUGGGGAAGUGUCAGCACACGUGCUUCAAAACUUACCUUAUGUAUUCAUUCCACCUGAUAUCCAGACCCCAGAGUCAUCGUUUGUGAAGGAGGGGCCCGUUUCCCCCGAUCAGAGGGAACGUAGCCUUCUGAGUGGCUCCUUCCACACUAGUACUCCCAAGAGCCCGGAGGCUGGGCCUGUUCUAGUUAAAGACACCCCUGAAGAGAAGUAUGGGAUCAAGGUCACAUGGAGGAGACGAUGCCACUUGUUUACUUACCUCAGGGAGAGAGGGAAGCUGAACAAAAACCAAUUCCUUGUGAAGAAUUCACUGGAUUCCUCAGACUCCAACAGUCUUGAGAAAUUUUCAUGAAGUUGCUAAAGUACUUUUCUGGCUCGCAGGAGAGUACAUUAGGAGAAUAAAACAGAAAUAAAACCAAUAACCUCAAUAGAAAAAA